AUGGCGGAGGUGAUUCCCAUCUCUAGCCAGCAGGUCCCCGACAACAGCGAGGUGGAGCUGCAGUUCAAGGACAUCCUCGGACCCAUGGGUAGCAAGACAUGCAAGUACGAGAGGGUGCGCGAGCUCGGUUCCGGGUCUUUCGGCAAGGCGCUGCUGGUGCGUCGCGUAUCGGACGGUCAGCUGCUCGUUGCCAAGCGCAUGGACCUGGCGGCGAUGUCGGAGAAGGACAAGAAGUACGCGACGGCGGAGAUUCAGUGUCUCGCCUCAUGCGAUCACUUCGCCAUCAUCAGAUAUUACGAAGAUUACGUGGCGGAGCCGUACAUACUCAUCAUCAUGGAGUUCGCUGACGCCGGCGACCUGAACAUGCAAGUCAAGCAGCGCGCCAAGGCUGGGUUCAUCUACUUCGAGGAGCACGAAGUCGGCUACACCUUUGUGCAGCUAGCCAUGGCGGUGGACCACAUUCACCGCCGCCGCAUGCUGCACCGCGACAUCAAAGGUGCCAAUGUCAUGCUCAUGACAAACGGCGUCAUCAAACUUGGUGACUUUGGCUUCAGUCACCAGUACGAGAAUACGGUCAGUGACCAGGUCGCGCAAACGUUUUGCGGCACGCCGUACUACCUCGCGCCGGAGCUGUGGAACCACCAACGGUACAGCAAGAAAGCGGACGUAUGGGCCAUGGGCGUUCUUCUUUUUGAGAUGAUGGCGCUGCGCCGUCCGUUUGUUGGACAGGGCAUGCGGGCGCUGUCAGAGGCGGUCAUGAGCAACAGGCGCGACUGCGAGCUGCCACAGCAGUACAGCCGCUCACUUAAAGAUUUGUGCAACAUUAUGCUGCGGGCAGAUCCGAACCAGCGUCCCUCCUGCGCGCAGCUCUUCAAGCUUCCCCACAUGAUGAAGCUGCUCUUGGACUUUGGGACGAGCGUCGACAACUCGCAACUCGUGAGUGACGCCCUCAAGAAGAAGAUCCACGCGAAUGUAUGUGAAAUUCGCGACACAAACACGAAUGGCCCGGAGGCGCUCACCUUUGUCGGCCAUGCCGGGGCCGUGGGCGGGUCCGUUUUCUACGAGGGCUACGUGCGUAAGGAGAGCGGCAAAGCAUGGAAGGAGCGCUUUCUCGUGUUGCGCGACGGCGGCCUUGUCAUCAGUCGCCACAAGGGCGACAAGGAGACGAAGCCGCUGCCCGUGGCGCUCAUCAGCAGUGCCGUCUUUGUGCCGGAGCAGUCUGCCUGCUCGACCGGCGUCUUCGCGAUCAACCUAGCAGACACAAAGACAAUGUGGUUCCAGGCGCUGCCGCCGGAAACAGCGGAGGUGUGGGUGCAUAAGAUUCAGCAGUCGAUUUGUGUACCGUAG